AUGUUUGUUGUUCGUAGUUCAGGUGCUUUUGCACUUUUUAGGAAUGCAUGUUCAGUUCAAAGACCAGCCUGCCGAUUCCUUGCUACCAAAUCUUACGAUCCUCUCCGGAUUCUGUUUUGCGGCUCUGACAGCUUUAGCAUUGCAUCAUUGAAAGCACUCCACGCUUAUUCAUUGCAAAAUCCAAAUCAUAUCGCCUCUAUAGAUGUGGUUUGUCGACCGGGAAAGCGUGUUGGAAGAGGAUUGAAGGAAAUUCGUGAAGGUGAGUCGAGCAUAAAGUACCCCAAUUGGAGCUCUGUGGCUCUGACCUAUAGCUUGCCAGUCCCGAUCAAGCAGGUUGCAUCGGAUCUCUCACUCCCAAUUCAUGAGAUCAACACAUUUACUGGAUGGACACCGCCGGUCACUUUAAACGGUCCUAUCAAUUUGAUCAUUGCCGUGUCUUUUGGACUUUUUGUACCCCCACGUCUUUUGAAGGAAGCUACCUACGGUGGGUUGAAUGUACAUCCCUCAAUACUCCCAGACCUCCGUGGCCCAGCACCGCUACAUCAUACUCUUCUAGCUGGACGAACCACAACCGGAGUGACAUUACAAACUUUACACCAUGAGAAGUUUGACAACGGCGCAAUUCUAGCCCAAACACCGGCACCUGGGUUCGAUAUUCCAAACCCCGAAAGCUGCACGUUAGAUGAUCUGGGCAAGCUAGUUGCUCCUAAAGGCGCAAAUAUAUUGAUAGAGGGCAUCAAAAAUGGUCUCUUCGUACCACCAGUCAAGGAGGUAGGAUGGAACUGCACUGACUCCAAAACCCUUAUCCACGCCGGAAAGAUCAUGCCGGAAGACCGACAUAUCGACUGGAUGGAUUGGACGAUGGCCGACCUAAACCGACACCACCGAGUCCUUGGAAAUCUAUGGACUAAGACCCUUGCUGAAAUAAAACCAGGAAAUGGAGAUGGUGUGGAAUCUUUCAGCCAAAAGCGGAUGUUUAUAACUGAUUUUGAAGAAGUGGAUAUACCAGCUGGAUGUGAAUCUUUUGCUUUGGUCCCUGGGUUGCCAUUCACUAAUGCUUCUCAUCCCGUUGGGCCGAAGAAGGGGAGAGAACUUUACGUAUUCACCCGCGAUUGUAAGCUGUUGCGCAUCAAUCAAGUCAAGGUGGAAGGUGAUAAGCUCGCUGAAGGACUUCGCGCUGCGAUCAAGGCUCAUCUAUUUGGGGAUCAUUCUAUUAAGUUGGGUGAUGCAGUUUUUACGCCUUUCCGCAACCCUCUUGCGUGA